UUUUUUUUUCUACUCACCAUGUCAAGCCGCGCCAUGAAAAAUCUACUCCGCGAUUCCAACGGACCUGCGCCAUUAAAGGAAGUCCUCGACAAUAAUAGCAAGUCUACAAACAAAGAAAACAAUAAUCGACAUGAUCAGACAGGCGCUGCAAAGGAUAGGAGGAGCCUCAACGACGAUAGCAACCGUGACGUGUCUGAUAAUGAAGAAGACGAAGAAGAAGAAGGGGAGGACGACUAUGAUAUCAAAAGACCGCCAGCUAGGAACUUGUUUGCUUUGCUGAUUGAAAACGACCAAGAGAGCGACUCGGCGUCCGAGGAUGAAGAAAAGCAACCAGAGGUCCUUACCCCGGUUGUCACGACCUCUAAUAAAAAGAAGAACAAGAAAAAGAAGAAAAAGGCAGCAGAUGCCUCUGAGAACCCAUUCGAUGCUCUGAAAGAAGUACAGGAAGAUAAUGCCACUAACAGCGAUCAGGAGAAACAGAAACGGCAAAGCACUAAUGUACAGAGCUCAAUACCCAAAACCAAGAACAAAAACAAAAAGAAGGGUAAAGCUGUUGCCAAGUCCGUUGAGGAUAUGAGCAUUGAAGAAUUUGAAAAAAGUCUAGAGCAGAUGAACAAACAACUAGGGUCUGCUACAUCAGGUGCUGGAUCAUCUCAACAACCUGCUGUUACACCUCUAAAGCAACUCUUGGCUGUGGAUACACGUUUCUUGGAUGCAGAUGCAGAAAUGAAAAAGAUGUUUGGAGCUCGUGUCGUUAAUUCAGAGAUUAAGGACCGUCGCUAUGCUAAAGUGGCAAAGAGGUCUCUUCUGGCGCAACCCAGAAACACAUGGCCUGUCCGCAAGGCUUCUGGGUUGAGCAUGGAGAUCGUGGAUACUGAUCAAAAAGAGAACGUGACAACAUUCAAGAUUGUUCAUUCAGAGUACUAUCAAAAAACACAACUCAAGUUCUUGGCGGCUGUUGCAUCUUAUGAUCCGAAUAAUUUGGUGGCGCUUCUCCGGGAGAGUCCUUUCCACAUCGAUAGUUUGCUCCAGCUUUCAGAGGUUAGCAGACAUAAUGGCGAUAAUGCUCUUGCAGGCGAAUUCAUCGAACAAGCACUUUUUGCCUUUGAAAAGAGCUUUCACAGUUUGUUUAAUAUUGCAUCAGGAUCAGUGCGUUUGAGUUUCAUGGAAGUCGAGAACCGAUCAUUUUUCCUCGCCCUUCAUCGCCACAUUCAGUUUUUGGGCCGACGUGGUUGUUGGAGGACAGCAUUUGAAUUCAACAAACUGCUUCUCAGCCUUGAUCCCGUAUAUGAUGAGCUUGGAUCGCUGCUAUCCAUUGACUUUUAUUCUUUGAAGGCGCAUGAAUACACAUAUAUGGUGAAGUUAUACGAAAGAUUGAAGGAGGAUCAUGGGCUUGAUCGUAUGCCCAACUUUUUGUAUUCCAUCGCAAUGGCUCACUUUCAUAUGGAGUCUGCACAAGGGGAUACUACUCACCAGCAGAGUUCUGAGAUGCUGCAGAGAUCUAUCAUCAUGUUCCCGACAGCAGUUCUUCUUUUGGCGGACCAAGGCAACUUCAGCGUGGAUGCAGAAACAGCAGGCGAGCCAGCAUUUUAUCCUGCACAAGAUCUUCCCAAGGUCCUAGAUCUCUAUAUCAAUCUCUUUGUGUUGAGAAAUCAUGCUCUUUGGAAAGAACCUGAAGUAAUCUCAUGGCUCAAAUCCAACAUUAAAGUCUGUGUUCAAUCACGCUUCAAGAAUCAAAAUGAUCCUGAUGUUAAGGAUGCCGAAGUUCUUCUUUCAAAAUACAAGACCGCUGCUACAAAGACUAAAGCUCCUUUAAGCUACAGCUUCGAUGGGACAUUAGAGUCCGAUGCGCCCGAGUUUUCAGCUUUGCAGCAAUCGUCCUCAUCUCCAUCUAAUCCUUAUGCUAUUUCGCUUCGAGUGUGUCGACAUGUCUUGGUUUCAGAGUACAAUGCACUUGCACGUUUUUUGCCACAGGAGAUUGUUACUGCUACGUCACAUAUGUAUGACCCUUUGCCACCCCCAGGAUCUCGAAAUGUAUAUGAGGAACGAUUUGAGGCGCAACGACGUUCAGGUGGAUUGAUGGGUGGCGCUCGCGACGCUGCACAGAGUGUCUUGGAAGAGGUUGUCCGUCGACUACGAGCGGGCGGAUUACCUGACCUUCGAGGAAACAAUGCUGGUGCUGGUGGUGAAGCUGGAGAGCUGCAGGAGGCACAGCUAAGGCAGAUAGCGGAUGCAGUUCAAAUGCUGAGAGCAAGGAUCGGGACCCAUGCUCAGCCCGAUGGAGCUCUUCCUGGUGCUUUCCCAGGUCAGACGCCACCGUUGGAAGCAACUGCAGCUACACCAGAUACAGCUGUGGAUGAUGCAGCUACAGCUUCCACAGCAACAGCAGAGGAUGCUCAAGAGAAUGCCAGUGGCCCGCACGACAGAGCAGGAGACAAUAUGGCGGAGAGAGCAGCUGGAGACCUAGCCGAAAAUGUAUCUGUGCUUCAGUCAUUGACAGAAGUGAUGCGUUUGCUUGGAUUUGGGCCAAGGGGUCAGGCUACAGGCGGUGAGAAUAUCACUAAUACCGAGAUGCCACCAUUAACACACCAAGAAACACAAGAACUAGUGAAUUCUAUGUUAGGAGGACUGGAGAGUGGCGACGAGGAGUAUUACACGGAUGACGAUGAAGACGAAGAUCGGGCAUUCGGCUCCGAUGGCAAUGAUGGCUGGGAGCCAUAUGAUCCAGCAGCUUACGAAUAAAUAGGUAGC